AUGGAUCCUUGGGUACCAUCCAAGGGAAAAAGUUGCUCGAAUGGGAUUUACCGUCUCUGCAAAAAAUCUUUCAAGGAGUUGUGUCUGGGUGAUGCAGUUGGUGAGACAAAGUACACAAAUGACAAUUUUUUAGAUUUCGUCGACGUAUAUUGCCAAGAAAAAUUUUCUCCGCUUCUAUAUUCUACAAAUGAUCUAAAAACGGAAGAAUUUGAUCAAUUCUCACAAAACGGAAAACAAGAAAUUAUUCAUGAUCAAUGCAACUCCAACCUCAACUUCAUCAGUGAACAUCCAUAUAUUUUUGUUGUGAAUCAGUCUGAAAAUAUUCUAUCGAAUAAAAAAUCAAAAAUACAAAUAAUGCAUGAUUAUGUAAGCUUAGGUCAAGACAAACCUUUUGUAACUAUUCAGCAAGACGCGUCUUGUGUAAUGGAUGAAACUGAUUCCUUACCUAAGUUUAAUUUAGCAAAGAGAGAAUAUCGACAUCAUAACAUAGUAGAAGAAAGAUCAAUCAAUUGCAAAGACUUCUCUAAAUUAAAUUCGUCAUACUUUCAACAAAGCUAUACAACUAAAAAAGAUGAAAAUUUCCACAAAAAACUAAUUUCAAUGAUUAACGAUAACGAAAUUGAAAAAUUAAGUGGGGAAAUGUACAGUUUAGAAUAUUAUAGAUCAUGCAAUAAAUUAUUGUCAAUGAAAUCGAGACCUUUGGCUAAUUUACGACAAACCAAUGAAGAUGCCGAAAGAAAUCAUAAAGCAUUAGUAGAUUUAAAUAAAAAAUGCCGAAGUAUAAUACGAAAAUUUAAGAAUGGUUUAUUUACAAUAGAUACUAUAUUCAAAUGGAAUGAGUUACGUUCUAAAGAUGGUCCUAUGAGUUGCUCCAUAUGUCGAUGUAAUAAAUUUUUUAAGCGACCUGGGUCGAUUGCGAAUCAUAUAUAUAGAGUACAUGAACGGAUACUUCGGGAAGCAUUAGAACGCGGUGAACUUCAUAAAAUAUUGGAGAAAAAUCAAAAACAGACAGGCGAUUGGUCUAUUGAAAAUGAUCAACACCUUACAAUACCAUGUGAAGAGUUAAGCCAGCAAAACUACUGCACAGUUAUGAAUUCAAUGGGUUUUAAACUACUUCAUGAAAGUUCUCCCUUCUUGAACAGCUGUAACUCAUCACUCGAUAAUUAUGAUUCAUCGUACUCUAUGACUGAACAAAAACAGAACUUAGAUUCAAACGUAGAGAAGUAUGAAUUAGAACAGGCACUUAAAACUCUAAAACAAGAUUUCGAUAAGUUUUAA